AUAAUUAUGACGUAAUAAAAUAGGUGUGGUGGGGCGUGGUUACUCACUACUCGAUCGAUACCAGGAUUUGGUAUCGAGUACUUGGUAUCGGAGGCCUGGUAUCGGAUAUAUGAGUACUUUGGUAUCGUAUCGCCCACCUCUAGUGGCUGUUUUGCUGUUGUAACUACCUGUGCUUUUUGUGCAGCUCUUAAAAUGGGAUCCUAUGCUGUGUUGCUCUCCUUCGCUUUGCUCUUUAUAUGCCAGUUCCAAACAGUUUAUCUAGUAUCAUUAAGGAAGAUGACCCUGGAUCUCAGCAGGUCUACACCUGAAGUUGCUAAAAGCCUUUCAUGUGAUGCUUGCUCAGAGAUGGUGGAUGCUGUCAGGAAACUGGCUGAGCUACAAGCCAGUGAAUCAUUGAUAGAAGAAGUAUUAAUAGUGUACUGCAAAAAAUUUAAUCUAGCUGAUGAUCGAAUAUGUAAAAUGAUCAUACCAGAGUUCAAGGACGAAGUGCUGUAUGUGUUUGAUCAUACUGCACUCUCUACUCGGGAAAUAUGUGGCACUAUUCUCAAUAAUAAAUGUGGUACAAUAUAUGAUCCUCUUAAUCAACAAUGGAAUGUUACUAUUCCUGGUGGUAAACCUCCCAUUAAACCAUAUCAACCACCAAAAGUAAACAUUACUAACAGAAUUCUUCAUAUUUCUGAUAUUCAUUGGGACCCUCAGUAUACUCCUGGCCUUCAAGCUCAAUGUGAUGAACCAUUGUGCUGUAGACCACCAAUACCUAAAGGGGAAUCAAAUAAUUCUGCUGGUUAUUGGGGUGAACCAUUAUGUGAUUUACCAAUGCAAACUCUUAUAAAUUUAAUGGAACAUUUUAAUGAUACUCAAGAUCAGUUUGACUGGAUAUACCUUACUGGAGAUUUGCCACCACAUAACGUUUGGAAUCAGACUCAAGAUGAUCAGAUUUAUGUAUUUAAUAAAAUUAUUAAUUUGUUCUAUGAGUAUUUACCAAACAAGCCACUAUUCUUUUCAGUUGGUAAUCAUGAAAGUGCACCUGUUAAUAGCUUCCCUCCUGCUUCUAUCACUGAGUAUUCAAUGUCAUGGCUAUAUGAUGAUGCUGCUGAGCUGCUUCAGAAAUGGCUAACCACAACAGAUGCUAUUAAUACAUUUAAAAGCGGUGGAUUCUAUUCAAUUGACUUCAAUGGAUUAAGAAUUAUUUCUUUGCAGACUAACUAUUACAAUAAUCAAAAUUGGUGGUUGCUGAUCAACAGCACUGAUCCUGAUGGAAUGUUACAUUGGUUUAUUGAGAAGUUACUCGAUGCUGAGAAGAAAGGAAUGAAGGUUCAUGUACUGGGUCAUAUUCCUCCAGGUAGUGAUUCUUGGGGUCAAAACUAUAAAAAAAUUGUUUCAAGAUUUGAGAACACUAUUGCUGGGCAAUUCUUUGGUCAUUAUCAUUCUGACACCUUCACUGUUUUAAUGGAUUUUGAAACCAGUUCUACUCCAAGACCUUAUAGUGUGUGGUAUGAUGGUCCUAGUGUAACUCCAAUAACAAAUUUUAAUCCAGGAUAUAGAGUUUAUACUGUUGAUGGUAAUUACAAUGAGUCGUCUAGACAAGUACUGGAUCAUGAUACAUACAUACUAAACAUUACUGAUGCUAAUCUUACUAAUAAACCAAAAUGGAUCCAUGAAUACUCAGCUAAAGAUGCAUACAAUAUGACUAAUCUCUCACCUGAUAGUUGGUUAUCUUUACUGAAGGAGUUUUUAACUAAUAAUGAUCUCUUUUUAAAAUAUUAUCAUUAUAUUUCUAAGUCUUUUGAUAUGGAGUCACAAUGCUCUGGCGAUUGUCAACAUUCUACGAUUUGUUCUUGUUUAUCAACUUUUAGUAAUAUUUCUGCAUGCGAUGCUAUUGCUCCUAACAUCGUAACUCAAGAACAAAUGAUGCUGUAUGAAGCAGCUCAUGAAGACUGUUAAAUUCUGCUACUGUUGUAUUAAAUCAUUUUCAUGAAAAUUGGAUCUCAAA